CGCAAUCUCCAUGCCCAUAUAUUCAUGGACUUUUCAGAUGGCUCACAGUUUGGCCCUCGAGGCUGCAAUUCUGUAGACAUGGUACAUCUGGAUAAGACUGGCUACGUUUAUAUCCCCGACGACGAGUGCCUCGGGUAUCUGUACGACUUUGGCGAUAAUUGGCAUUUCUCUAUCAAGGUCAACGAGAUCUCUCGUGUGGAAGAGAGUAGCGGCAAAGUCGUUGUCUUGGGUGGUACAGGCGCACACCCU